AUGAGCGCGGAAGAUGAAACCACCGCCGCGACGACCAGCACUCUUCUCGCGAUCGAUAACGACAACGACGACGAGGCGCUCCGUUCUUUCGUUGAAACGCUCACUCUUAAGGAUCAAGAAAAAAAGAAGAAAAACGCUCACGCUCCCGCGAGCGAUACUUUUUCAUUGCCUCCUUGCCUGGAUUAUUACUUGGACCAGUUGCUCAGAAACAGCUCGAGCGACGAGGACGAGGAAGGCGGCGCGUCGUGUUACGAAACGAGAGAUGGAGGACAUUUGCCUCCUUUGCUCGUAUCUUCGGGGUGUUUGGAGCAGCCGGAAAAACGGAAAAAGAAACGUCUGAAAUCAUGCCUCGAGUUGAUCAUGAACCACGAGGAAGAGCACUAUCUGCCUUCUUCGCCCCCCGAGGAAGAGGCGCAAAGAAACAACACCAUGUUGAUGCACGACGAGAAGCAAGAAGGGAUAUUACGGUUCAUGAACAGAGAUAAAGAUAUAGACGUGUGGGGAGUGUGCAUGUCUGAUGCGACGCGCGCGAACAAUCCGAAACGUAAGAGCAAUUUCAAUUUCGAAGACGAAGAUGACGAGGCGUUGAUUCCGAGCGAUAAUUUCUUCUCGAGCGAAGACACGAUGACGAUAUCUGUAACCAUCCCGGAUCAAACAAGAUUUCCCUUGAACGAAGAGAUGUGGCGAGCGAAUGCGUCGAAGAAAGAGCCUGAUGUCGCCGUGAAAGACAUUAAGAAAAAACGUUCUUUGCACGCGGUGCCGAAAUCCAAUCGGCGGGCGAAACCUCAAAAUCCGUCUAGGACCUCGCAGAUGAGAGGUGUAACAAAGCACAGAUUAACAGGAAGAUACGAAGCGCACUUAUGGGACUCUUCUUUGGCGCGUGCGACGCCUAAACCUGGCGGCAGGACGCGAGGAAGACAGAUUUAUUUAGGUGGGUAUUUAACAGAGCUUGAGGCGGCGAAAAGCUACGAUAAAGCCGCGAUUAAGUUAUGGGGGAGAGAUGCUAAUUUAAAUUUUGAUUACGAAACGUACGCGGAAGAUAUCCAGAUGAUGAAAUCCUAUGAUUUUGCCGCGUACGUUGCCGCGUUGCGACGAGAAUCCAGCGGAUUUACUCGAGGCGUUUCAAAAUAUCGCGGCGUGACAAAAUAUGUUAAGAGUACAACCAACCAACAAGGCAAGGCGUCGACAAAACAGUUGUGGGAAUCGCGUCUGGGCCGCGUGAAAGGAUCCAAGUACGUGUAUCUGGGAACGUUCGAUACUGAGAUAGAAGCCGCGCGAGGCUACGACUUGGCGAGCUUGAAAUAUCGAGGCGACAAGGCCGUGACAAACUUUGAUAAAUGCAACUAUUCCGAGACAGAAAUAGAAACUUUCAAGUUCCCACACCGAGCCGAUGCUCGCGACGAGACGGAUGAUAGCGACGACGAUGAUAAUGAUGUUACCAAAAACAAACAUGAAAAGAUAGAGAAGAAGAAGGAGAAGAAGAAAGACGAGAAAUUGGAGCCGUGA